AAGAAAAUGGUACAUCGAACCAUAUUAGCGGUGUCUUGGCCAAAUGCGAGAAAGACAGUAUCACUACUCGGUGAAUUUAGUUGUUUUUUUUUUCAUAAUUAGAUAUGUACAUCAAUCACAGCCAAUGGAACAGUUCAUCAUUGAGAAAAUGAUCUCAACGUGGUGGUCAUGGAUGGUUUUACUGGCACUGGUAUUCGUGAUUCGAGCUGAGGACGACCUGUAUGAACUGUCGAUCAUCCACGUCAACGACAUUCACGCCCGUUUUGAGGAGACCAAUGGGUAUGGUCCAACAUGCAAUCCAGAGGAUGGAGAUAUCUGCAUGGGAGGAUACGCACGGACGGUGGCUGUUGUGAAAAAUUUGCUUUCCAAUAGAAACAAUCCACUCUACUUGAACGCUGGGGAUAAUUUUCGGGGUUCCCUGUGGUACAACGUUCAUCGAUGGAAUGUUACGGUGGAGCUUUUGAACAUGCUGCCAGCUGAUGCUAUGACCAUAGGCAAUCACGAUUUCAUCCAUGGGGUCGACGGAGUGGUUCCGUUUUUGGAAGAGAUCAAUACACCGGUUCUGUUGGUCAACGUUGACAACAAGGAUGAGCCGGAAUUUAAGAACUACCAAAAGUCGUUGAUUAUCGAACGGAAUGGACGAAAAAUCGGACUUAUUGGAGUCAUGUUGAAACCGAACAACGCUGAUGUUGGAAACCUUAUUUUCAAUGAUGUCACGGAAACUGUUCGAGAGGAAUCAGUUGUCCUGAACAGACAAGGCGUGGAUAUAAUUGUUGUGAUUUCACAUUGUGGGUUUGAUGUGGAUAAAACUAUCGCAGAAUAUGCUGGACCUGAAGUAGAUAUAAUCGUUGGAGGUCAUUCGCAUACAUUCUUGUACUCAGGUGAAAAUCCGAAUAUUCCAGACGUCCCGCAAGGUGAAUAUCCGACAGUUGUAACGCAGGAAAAUGGCCACAAAGUGUUGGUUGUCCAAGCUUCUGCAUUCACAAAGCUUGUAGGAGAUAUUGUGCUAUUUUUCGAUGAGAAUGGAAUCAUUCAACGAUGGGAAGGAAAUCCAAUUUAUUUGGGUGCCGAUGUGUUACCAGACCCGGAUGUUGCACAAGCCAUGAUUCCAUGGAAGCUUGCCGUCGAAGAGGCAGCCGUACGUGCUGUUGGUCUCUCAAGUGUAGUUUUGUCGGAUGCGAACUGCAGUUCUGGCGAAUGCAGUCUGGGGAGCUUGAUAGCCGAUUCGAUGGUAUCGGCCUACAUCCCGUUGGCUGAGCCUGGACAGUGGACAUAUAGUGCCAUUGCUUUGAUUCCUGCUAGUGACAUUCGUGCGAGUUUAAACGAAGGAGAAAUUACCUACGCUGACGUUUUGGAUGUUCUACCUUAUGAGAAUAAUCUGAUUAGCAUUGAACUACGUGGUGAUUAUCUUUUGGACAUCCUGGAGGAGUCUGUGGCGCAAUCUUGGGAUGGGGAAAGUUUUGUUGGAACUAAUUUGAUGCAAGUGUCUGGACUUCGGGUUAAAUACAAUGUCUCCAACCCUGUGGGGGAGCGAGUUGUUUCCCUGGAAGUCAGUUCCAAUGACUUUGAGCUUCCGCUUUUUGGCCCUCUCGAUCCUCUGAAGUAUUAUCGUGUAAUAACAAACUAUUACACAUCACGUGGUGGUAACGGAUUCCUUCAAUUUUCGGAUCGUGCACGUAGCAAGCUUCUUGGACCACUAGACAACGUGGCAUUUGAAGACUACGUUCGACAACAUUCUCCAGUGACGCAGGAAACCGACGGCAGGAUUGAGAUCUAUUCAUAGUAUAGACAGCACACCAAGCUUGAGAAAUAAAUUCAAAUAAAGUAGCAUGAUCGUAAAAUA